AAACCGGAAGAGAUAACGGCCAUGCUGAUGCAGAUUAUUGGCAAACCGGAACUUUGCUGGGACUUUGACUUGCAGCACUGGUUGACGCAAUACAUGAUGCUUCGCCCAACCCCCAACUUUCCCGAAGCGGCCCUGCUCUUAACGUAUGCUGCAGAGAUCUACAGUCGUAAAAUAGAAUACCUGAACGACAUUGUCAUGCACAUUUACAACGAUCAAAAAGCACGCGAGACAAAAGAAAAAGCGGCCCGAGGCGAAGGAAAUACAGAACCGGGCGGAUCCACGACACCAGCGAAAGGAGGGCGCAAGCGUGUAGGACGCUUCAAUCCGGCCACACUGUCCGAUUGUUUCAGUGAACUCGAGUUUACUUGCAACGACCGCAAGCUCCUACAGCUAGAAGCUCUCAUACAGGCACCACAGGCUGUUGAGGUGGACCGUCGCUCCACGGUGCACCAGAUGCAGGAUCUGUGCAACGAGUUUCGCACCAAUCCGCCCAGCCAACGAAGGCAGGCAAUUUUGAAUAGACUGAGGGACGCUGCGUGCAUAGCGCCGAUCAUGUCAAGCCACGGGACAGCCCGACGAAGCCAGAUUUUGGACCUAGAAUCGAGUGAAACGAUUGGCACCCGUCAUGACUAUCAGAUCUAUCAAAAUUUCAUCGAUGGCAGAACCGGUUCGCUCGUUGCGGAGCAUGAUCUCAAGCGAUUUUUUCAGCGGUGCGACGUGAUAGACUUUCUCCACGAACAGCACGAAUCAGAACGCGAGCGAUGCCUGGGCUUGGGACAGCCGGCACCGGCGAGCCCGCUGCCGUUAAUGCCGCGCGAGUGCAAAAUCUACAUACCACCCGAGUACCUGCGGAACCAUUACCGUAUCAACAUGCCCGAUACGACCGAUUUCGAUAAGGCGCUACUGGAGGCCCGCAUCAGUAAUUAUCGCGCCGAUCCCAUUCUCUUUCUGAUGGAACCGGAAGAUAAGGAGCGACAGCACAAGCUGGCAUCGUACGAAGGAGGGUCGCAGGAUUCGGCCCUUUGCUCGCCAGAACCACCAGAACACUUGCGGAUUUCAUCAGAGUCUGGACUAGGUGCAUCGAUUUUGAAUGACACGAAUGACACGUCGACCUUUUUCCCCAUUUUGGAAUCAACCAAUAUCCUAGAUUCCACCGUUGGAAGCUCCGGUGAUAAUCCUUUUGACUCAGAACUCCAAGCAUUAGAGAAAGGGAUCAGUACCGCCCAGGAGUCGUUUGGUGAUGAACAGACCUUGGACGAAAGCGGUAAAACAGCACAACUCUCUCGGCUCAGUGUGGACGAGGGUAUCGGAGCAGAUCGUGAUUCUCCACCCCGAUCGCAGCUGCAGUCUCCGAUUGCUGUGCCACUAAUGUUGGGUGGUGGCAUAGUACUUGAGCGUUCAACGACCCUACGACCCGUUCUCUUGAGCCUCAACCUGUUCGGUCUUCCGGAGGCACGCGUCAACAAACGGGCCUUGUUUUCACUUCCCGACGAAUAUCGUCAAAUGAAGAACGAUGUACGAAAACGCGCCGGCGAUAGGACGAAGGAUGUUUGUAAGCUGAAUGUGUACAGCUUGCACCCCGAUGCAGCACAAGAAUCGCCCUGGACCGAACGACCAUCAACACCGGAGUUAGAGGAUUUUUGUGGCUUCGAGGAUGUACCAGUGAUGGGAGAGGUUCAAAAAAUGCGAGCAAAGAAAAUGGGAGGAGAGCGACGGAUCUCUCAGUCGUCGAACGGAAGCGAUUUUCUCGGUUUCGAUGACACAGAGGUCGAUGCUGCGCGUUGCUCAGUUUCGCAGUGGUUCGCACAAUGCCCCCCGGAUACAUUGAAACUGCUCGAAAGUCCGAAGCGCACGAGCCCCAAAAAGGCGGUCAACAGCUCAUCCCCAAAUCGCUUGAUGUCCUGUGACUCUGGUAUUUCCGACACAGUCGACCGAUCACAACGAGAAGCAGAACCGGCUGCAUUUGAAACGAUCACCGAAGCUGAAGACGGCGUCGAAUGUUCAGGCGAAGACUUGAGCACCACACAGUCGCUGUCCACUGCUCUCACCACGGGUGGCGUAUUAAAUCGUAUGCAACGAAACAUGGACGAGGCCAAAGCGUGUAUGGUGAAGGUGAACGAAUGGCACCGGAAGUUGAAACCGGUGCUGAUGGAGUCAGAGAAGCGCAAUCACUUCGACAUCCACGAAUACGGCACUGAAAUCAUCGGGACGUUUGAUGCCGAUGCUAGCGCAACUUCUGGUGCCAUUACAUUGGGCCAGGUUCUUAAUAACAAACCGGCCCACAGCACAGCGCGAUAUUUCCUGUCCACUCUUAUGCUUGCAAACACUCAAAACAUUAGAAUCUAUAAACACAAUUCGGAUCGGACGCGGGUGUCAAAAGCAGAAGAAAUUGAACUGCGGUUGCUAAGCCGGCAACGGCAUCAUGAGCAUCUAGGAGAAACGUUGCCCGGCAACAGCGACACUAGUGCCUCCCCCAGUGAACACGUUAGAAAACAGAACCGCAAACGGAAGAACUUUUCCGAAGCGAUUGAGGAGGAUCGUCCAGCUGAAACGGUACUAAGAGCAGAUCCGUCCGUUCGCCUAAGUCACGAUUCAAGCGAUUUUCUCGUGCGGUUGGCACAGAUGGAUGACGUGCAUUGUGCGGAAGCAGAACGUAAGCGAAUGGAGUUCCGACGCGGCAUGCGGAACUACGCCUACGGGUUAGCUGAAAACGACGGCGCCGGUCCGUCGUCUUCCCAUCGGCAGCCGCCAAGUGAAGUUAUUACAUCUACAGCGAUCAUCCCGACGGCGUUACCACCUGAAGAGGAUAUCCUCAUGAUUGACGUGCACACCAACCGGACAAAACUAAUGUCUGCUAGCGACCUCGAUACGUCGUGCGGCAAAAGCGUCCACUCGUUGGACUCUGGUUACCAGUCGACGAUUGGCCGCUGGUAA